AUGGGUAAAGUUCGCAAUGAUUCAGGAUCAGACGAUGAUACUGCAACCGAGAAAACUUUUACAAAAGGUCCUUGGACACAAGCAGAAGACAACCUUUUGAUAGCUUAUGUUGAUAAACAUGGUGAUGGCAACUGGAACGCUGUUCAAAAACACUCUGGCCUUUCUCGCUGUGGUAAAAGUUGUCGCCUUCGUUGGGUUAAUCAUUUGAGACCGGAUUUGAAAAAAGGCGCUUUUACUGAGAAAGAAGAGCAGCGUGUUAUCGAACUUCAUGCUUUAUUGGGAAACAAAUGGGCAAGAAUGGCUGGUGAACUGCCUGGGAGAACAGACAAUGAGAUAAAGAACUUUUGGAAUACAAGACUCAAGAGACUGCAACGACUUGGUUUACCUGUUUACCCUGAUGAUGUUCGAGAGCAAGCAAUGAAUGCUGCAACACAGUCUGGUUUAAACAAUGGUCAUUCAUUGGAUGGUCAUCAUAGUCAAGACUCUCUGGAGUCAGACAGUGUUGAGAUACCUGAACUGGAUUUUCAGCAUUUACCACUCAACCAAUGCUCUUCCUACUACAAGUCAAUGCUUCGCAGUGUUCCAACCAGUGGCGUGUUCGUGAGACAAAACCCGUGUUUCUUUCAGCCUAAUGUGUAUCACUUGAUGUCAUCAUCUCCUUCUUACAUGUCUACCGGCAAACGUUCUAGAGAACCCGAAACCGCGUUUCCUUGCACCGGUGGAUCAUAUGCGAUGAACGAGCAAAGCCCUCCGCUCUGGAACUAUCCUUUUGUCGAUAACAUUUCUGAACAGUUACCGGAUAGCCAUUUGCUUGAUGACAAUGCUACAUAUUAUUCUCCUCCUGAGCCUCUUAUUCACGAGCUCCCUUCAUUCCAAUAUUUUAAUCCUCAUGAAGAGCCUGGAGGAGCACAACAAUCUAACUCAAUGCAGGUGCAUGAGUCAGACAACACUUUGGUCCAGUCCCCUCUGUCACCAUCAUCACUAUAUGAUGGAUUGUUGGAAUCUAUUGUAUAUGGAUCAGCAAGCAAAAAACAGGUAACCGGUACUGAUUUAGAAUCCACACUGCUGCUUCAGUCCUCUUCUCUACUUGGCCAUACCGAUGAACCUACAACAACAGAUAAUUUAGGUUGUUUUGGUUCAACUUCUUCAAAUGAAAGACGCAUAUCCUUUGAUGGUGAUUGGAUCAGAUUACUUCUCGGUGAGGAUACAUGUCCCCCCAAGUAGAAGAGGCGUCUACCACAAAAUAAUUAGCGACGAUCGAUUAGAUUUUAUUUCUAAGUAAAGCACCCUUGUUAUGCGUUAUUUGAUGAGUACUGUAGAAGAUUUGAUCAGAUAU